GAGAGAUGAGUCCCCACAGCAAAAGUGGGUUGAACUUUUCCAGAUCCCAGGAACUCUCUGUGACUGUGUUCUCAGGGUUGGCCGAUGCUUGCCUCAGAACAUCUGGUCUGAGGUCAGUAACGGCUGUUCUCACAUGCACGUGUAUACGUUCGCCACCGUGGAGGCUACAUGUAGCUGUGUGGUUGACAACUAACACCAGGCCCUGUUACACUGUUGCUUCUUCAUCUUGUUGAAGUAACUGAGUAUGAGGUACCCCGGGGCAGUCUAGACUAGUGCCUUGCAGAAAGGACUGGAACCUGGAGUCAUCACAGCCUUGAUGAUCACUCCUCAGAAAUGAGAAGGCUGGUUACUAAACUAGUCAGAUAACCAAUACGACCUCACCCUGCUUUAACAAGGCACCUGACAGAUUUAUCCUGGACUGGACAAGAGAAGGAACAUUGAUGGAUGAGAAGCUGAAGCUUUCCAAACCCGAAAGAAUACUGGGAAAGUGAUCUGUUCUCCUCCAGCGGAUCUGUAGGGUAAGGUCCUUUCUGAUGCAGCUGAGAAAAAUGCAGACCAUCAAAAAGGAGCCUGCCCCCCUGGAUCCUACCAGCAACUCAGACAAGGUGAUGGUACUGAACUCUGCCUUAGCCGAGGUGGCGGAGGACCUUGCCUCCGGGGAAGAUCUGCUCCUGAAUGAAGGGGGUAUGGGGAAGAACAAGUCCUCCGCAUGUCGGAGGAAACGGGAAUUCAUUCCUGACGAGAAGAAGGAUGCCAUGUAUUGGGAGAAAAGGAGAAAAAACAAUGAAGCUGCCAAAAGGUCUCGGGAGAAGCGCCGGCUCAAUGACCUGGUUUUGGAGAACAAGCUGAUAGCUCUGGGAGAGGAAAACGCCACUUUAAAAGCCGAGCUGCUCUCUCUCAAGUUAAAGUUUGGUUUAAUUAGUUCCACUGCGUAUGCCCAGGAAAUCCAGAAACUCAGUAAUUCCACAGCUGUGUACUUUCAGGACUACCAGACAUCCAAGGCGGCUGUGAGCUCAUUUGUGGAUGAGCAUGAGCCCACGAUGGUCGCUGGGAGCUGCAUCUCGGUCAUCAAACACUCUCCGCAGAGCUCUCUGUCCGAUGUGUCCGAGGUGUCCUCUGUGGAGCACACCCAGGAAAGUCCUGCUCAGGGAGGCUGCCGGAGCCCCGAGAACAAGUUCCCUGCGAUCAAGCAGGAGCCGGUGGAAUUGGAGAGCUUUGCCAGGGAGUCCAGGGAGGAGCGGGGUGCCUAUGCCACCUCCAUCUACCAGAGCUACAUGGGCAGUUCCUUCUCCACCUACUCCCACUCCCCACCCCUCCUGCAGGUCCAUGGGUCCACCAGCAACUCCCCGAGAACCUCAGAGGCCGACGAGGGUGUCGUGGGCAAGUCUUCUGAUGGAGAAGACGAGCAGCAGGUGCCCAAGGGCCCCAUCCACUCUCCAGUGGAGCUGCAACGGGUGCACGCCACAGUGGUGAAGGUUCCAGAAGUGAACCCUUCUGCCUUGCCACACAAGCUCCGAAUUAAAGCCAAGGCCAUGCAGAUCAAAGUGGAGGCUUUGGACGGCGAGUUUGAAGGCAUGCAGAAACUCUCCUCACCUGCAGACGUGAUAGCCAAGAGACACUUUGACCUGGAGAAGCACGGCGCCCCGGGCAUGGUCCAUUCCUCCCUCACCCCUUUCUCAGUGCAGGUGACGAACAUUCAAGAUUGGUCUCUCAAAUCAGAGCACUGGCAUCACAAAGAACUGAACGGCAAAACUCAGAGUAGCUUCAAAACGGGAGUGCUGGAAGUCAAAGACAGUGGCUAUAAGGUUUCCGAGGCUGAGAGUUUGUAUUUGAAGCAGGGGAUGGCAAAUUUAUCUGCAGAGGUGGUCUCGCUCAAGAGAUUCAUAGCCACGCAACCCAUCUCGGCCUCGGACUCCAGGUAAAUAAAUGCCUACUGACUGAGCUGGGCGUGGAGGAAGAUGCUGUUGGUACCAUGCCGAGCCUCCACUGGACCUCUGAUGUCGUUUCACUGUAGGGUGCACAUGGUGUCCGUCUGGUGUCCUUGUGCCCACACGCCGAAGACUUGAUGCCCUCACCCUGCCUGGUGUGUAGUCAGAUAGCCCCCCCGCAGAGGCUGUACAUAUCGAACGUUAUUUUUGCUCUAUUAUAAAGUGCGUACGGCGUUGCCAGUUUCAAUAAAGGGUUGGUGGCAAACACA